AUGAUCCAGAUCGUAUCAGACAUAUUUGCAAGCGAAGUUUACCUUGGGAUGUCUGCAAGAGGCCGCAGCAAACCGCCGUCACAUCUUCCAUCAUCACAUAUAUCAAACAAAAUGGGCUGGUUCUGGGGCAACAACAACGGCAACAGCGAGAGUAAAGAUGCGCUGAAUAGUCUCGAUCCGUCACUCCGAGAAUUUCUGGACAAGGAAUCAAAGACACGCCAACAGCAACAGCAGCAACAACCCACACAACUACCACAAGACACAUCCUCAUAUCGCUCGCAAAUAGGCAUCGCCGAAGACGACCCAUCACAAUCAACACAACCACCAAAAGACGAGAACGGUGUCCCGACGCAAUCGCUGUACCAGGAUGGCAGAUAUGCCCAUCUCUGGAAAAAUUACCGCCCGCAAGAACAAAUCGAACAAGCCGGACGCAGCGAGAGCGAACGACUAGCCGAUGUGAUCGACACAUACAAUGACCGUAAAGCACGAAUCGGAAGAGCUGCACUUGAGAAUUGCGCAUUGGAACAAUGGGCCGAGCAUGAAUGUUUCGAGAGCGGUGGUAUGAAAGCGAAACUCAUGCUCUGCAAAACAGAGACACGCGCUUUCAACAGAUGCUACACCAUGCAAAGCCGAUUCUUGAAGGCUUUGGGUUACUUGAGCAUGCAACGUACAGCCGAUGAGGAAGAGCGCAUUCAAAUGCAUGCAGACAAGCUCUAUCACGAGAUGCUGGACCGGGAGGAGGCUACGAAGGCGGCAGAAGCACAGAAACUACCUACACCAGAGUUCAAGCCUCUCAUCACGAGCAAAUCGACCACAGAAGCUCUGGGCGAGCGACCGGCCCCUGAAACACAACCCGCAAGAGAAGGAUUAGACAUGUACACAGGAGAGAAGCGCAAAGCUCUGGAGCAGUCAUUGGAGAACAAAACUCCCGCUGAGCGUGAGAUCGAGAUUCAACUCAUAGCGGCCGAGGCAAGAGCCAAUGCAGAGUAUGCAGCCGUCGUCCACGAACACUUUGAGGCAGAGAAGCACAUAAGAGAAGGCAGGAGAGAACGAGGUAGAGAGACGGUCGGAGAUACCAUUAAAAGAGCCUGGGGCUGGGACAAGAAAUAG